CAUGCUGAAGAUUGCGCCCAGCGAGAGGCGCAUGUACAGCGGACGUGGUGAGGCCGUUUGCUUCUCCAUGAAGGCUGUCCGCAGGAAGGAAGCAGUGUCGCACGAGAUGGACGGCUCGAUCUCUUGCUGGGGUACCAUGCCAUCAUACUUGGUGGAGCUGCAGCGAUGCGAAGGGCAAGGGCAGCGUGGCCAGCACCUGAAGGAGCGAACUCAGGCCAUGGCCACCGCCAUCCCCAACGGCGGCAUCAUCAAGAUGACGGGCAAGCAAAAGAGGAAGUGGCGCGAGGUCCUGGUCGGGGUCCGCAACAUGAGCAAAGGCCAACUACAGGCCCUCGGCGUCGCAGCCUUGGCAACAGCGAGGAAGUGGAAGCGCGCCGAGGUGAACGAGGCGCUGAUUGCUUACACCAACUGGGCGAAGGAGCAGGAGACGAUGGGCGGCGGCACGUUACACCGUCGCGCUCGUGACAUGCCGAGGUGCGGCAACGAGGUCAGGAGCGGCAACCCCACGGCCGCCAACAUGGUGGAGCACAUGGACGCGAAGGGAGCUCAGUGGAAGCAGAAGUGGGCCAGCUGUCACAGCAGAGCCACUACCCUGGCGAGGCUCGAGAACAGCAGGACGGGACUCAACCACGCGAUCGACAGCACGGCAAAGAGCAAGGCGAAGGGCAUCGAGCAGAUGGGGGCGUUGGCGCAUAAGUGGCUGCCCCCGAGCGCGAGGAAGGAGUUGCAGAGCAUUUUGGUCAGCAUCGAGCGCGCGUGGGCGUGGCCAUGGCAGCUUAUGGCCACGCUGGUGAGCCUACCUCGGAAGGACGUUGGAGGCGAUCGAGCGAUAGGGUUGCUCUCGGAAGUGAUGAAGAUCUGGUCCAAGAUCAGGAGCGACUGCACCAGCGAGCGGGUGCAGCACGUGGCGGGCAAGUGGGGCGCCGCGGUGGCAGGCAACAGCGCGCUGAAGGAGGCGCCGGUGCGCUCCUUCGCCGACGAGGUGCUGGAGUGGACGCCCAUGAAGGUGUACGCGGCGACAGCGCUGUGGGACCUAGCGGAAUUCUACGACACGCUGGAGCCGCUCCUCGUCCUGGAGGAGGGGCUCAGGCUCGGGCUUCCAGCUCGCGCUUUGCACCCGGAGAUGCUGAGCCACCUGAGCGUGCGGCUAGUCAGGGAGAGGUCGGCCUACGUCGUGAGGCAGCUCGUAGCAGCAGGCGCCAACUUGGCUGCGGGAGUGCGACAAGCUGCGCUCAAGCUGUCCAGCAAGUCGGCCGUCAUCGGCAAUGACAUGGAGGUGGUGAAGGAGAUCGCGCUGGAGCUUCGGGCGCGCAACAUCAUGGUGAAGGUGAGGGGUCAGGCCCCAGACUUGGGCAUCGGCAGGGGCCACAGCAUCGGUGGGGGCAAGGGCAAGCACGCGAAGCGUACCGCCCGCGCGGGCCGCCAGGUGGCCAAAGCGCUGAAGAUGGUGUUUGGGAUGGCGCCCAGCGCGGUGACGAAGUGGAGGCGACGGUUGGCCUCAGUGGUCGCCCCGCGGCUUCGGGGUCGGUGCCUCGCGACGCUGAUGCAGCUGGAGCUCGGCGUCGGCGAACCAGCUUUCGGUGCGACUUUCGCGCUGCUGGACUCGUGGAUGCACAUCGUCAGCGACCCGAGGCGCAGGCAGAAGGCCAACAUCAUUUGGCCGAGGAUCGUCGGCAGCAUGCAGAGCAAAUCGGCGCAGCAGAGGCGGCGUGGAGUCACGGGCGUCACGAGGGCCAUGGUGAACGCGCUGAUGGACCUGGGGUGGCAGCCCUGGGGCCCUUGGCACUGGGUUUCCGACGACGGCGAGGAGUUCGGCAGCAGCGACCCGAGCGCCCUCGACGAGGAGGUGGACGCCAGCGCCCUAAUGGCGGCGAUCAAGGACACCAUCGAGAAGAAGCAGUGGACCAGUGCAGCGCAGCACUAUGCAGGAGGUGGACUCGCCGAUGGUGCUGACGUUCGGUCGGCGCGCAAGCAGCUGGGGCGCUUGCGCAAGAAGGGUGAGGGCGACAAGGUGGGCGCGUACAUCGCCAUG